AUGGGUUUGUGGACACUGCUUGAGGGCUGUCUGCUACUUGCCAAUGCACUGGCCAUACUAAAUGAAGAUCGAUUUCUUGCUCCAAGAGUACUUAAGAGUCCCUCUCAUUCUUCUCAAUUUGCUUUGCAUCGUUGUAAAACUGGUAUCCGGCUGAUUGGUGCCUGUUUAUUUGAGGGCUUGUCUUUCUCUGAUUCAUUGAAGGGUAUAGUUGAUACAGUAUUGAAGAAGGAUAUUCAUCUGCAGAACUGUUGA